GUGUUUGUGUGUGUGUGUGCAUAGGUGUUUGAUUAACAUUUUCAGAGUUAGGUUCUCCAGUAACACUGGAAGAAUUAAACUGAGUAUUUUUCAUAGCAGAAUAAAACUCUACCAGCAGGGGCCAACAGAGUCCAGAACUGGUCAGACAAUACACCCUGGUAUGAGUCUUUUAAACCAGGGUCGUUUGUAGCUGCUUGUAUGCAGUAGGCCUACAGUAUAUGUUUUAACUGGUUUUAGCUCACAAUGUAUGGGCUGCUGACUAUCUCCAUAACAUUGCGAAAUAUCGCGCUCAGGCCUUUGGCACAUCGUUACAGGUUACAUUGUUAAUCUGACCCUGCGGCUUUGGGUACUUCUUUAUUUUCAUGCAGUACCAGUAAAUAAAGAAGUUGAAUGGUUUAGCAGACAUGCUGCGGUCUCAUUGCCCUUCCUAUAUUGGUGUUUAUAUUAAUGGUCCUUUUGAAUAGAGGUUGAGAAGAGGAAGGAAAGUGGUUCUUUGUUGAGCGAGAUAAGUGCUUUCAUUCCUGGCUUACUGGCAAAUGUAAACACCCUGUCACAAUCCCACACACACACGCACGUACACACAAACAUGCAUAUGCACACAUACCUCUAGCCUCAUUUAAGUUAAUACUUUUUCUGUAUGGUAGAGAGUGUCCAUCCUGGUUGACUAAAACAGUAACAUUAUUGAAAUUUUGAAGGCACUUAUUUAAUGAGGUUUGAACAAUAUUAAUAUACAUGUAACUUGGCAAACUUGAAGCAGUGUUAAAAAAAUAAUAUCAGCAAUGUUUAUAAGUAAAUCAUACAAUCAGUGGGAUCAGUUUCCUUGUUCUUAUGCAAGCAACAAACCUGAGGAUCAAAUUGUGCAGUGCUGGGUUUGGCCAGUUGACUAAAACCAUACCUGAAAUAUAUUUAAUGACAUUUCCUCAUAUUUCUUUUAACACUGUAAACUGAUAUCAGAGUAUAGCUUGCAGCCAUUCUCUUUUUAAAUGUGGGAAUCUGUUUACCUUCACUUUUGAGCUACACUAACAGUAAAGUUAGAACAGCAGUCAAAGAUCUGCACGUCAGGACAAAUAUAUAGUCCCAGACUAAAUGUCACUGAACUUUGGGACUGUAAUGUGAAAGAUUGUUUCCCCUUCUGAGUGGCUUUAGUACAUCUUUACAGAACUUCACAUUGGUAGCUAAAUGAUGUGGUGGCAGCCUCUGCACAGUUCAUUUAAGAGUGCUUUACUUUGUGUAUGCUGUCAGAUUAAAUGACAUUAUUUAUUUGCUGGCUUAUUCUGUGACACACACUGUAAUUACUAGUAGCCUGUAUUCUGGGGUUAUGACGUCAUUCAUCGCAGUUACUGUAAGAGAAGUUUCAUCCAGCGGAGAGCUGUAAUCUCUGCAUCUGGGGAUCAGAGGUAUUGUGUCUGUAAUCUCUCCAUCUCAGUUUGCACGUCCCGUUCUUACCGCCUUCCGUGCUAUUGAACCGGAAAGGGGAACCUCAUUAGGCGGUCCGUUGGUAUUUAAAAUAUCAGCUCCUAAUUCAUGCACUUCUCGAAAAGGCACCCUUUAUGAUGGAGUGGACAUAGGGUGAGAAGAAAACUCACAGUUGAUAUUUAUGAAUUAACUGGUUUAGAGACCAGCAGAAAAACUAUGCUUAGUUAUUUUCACUAUUAAUUCAAAUUGAUUAUUGUUUACUUUCACAAUAUUAAAAUGAUGCAUGCAAAAUGAUGUAUGUUCUGACCAUUUUAAAUAAAUGUUCCUUAGAAAGCUUAUUGCUUUCACUGAGAUGUUUGCAGAUAGACAGCCAGCUAGUAAUAGCUAGUAUAUGCAAUUAUACAUUAAGUACUAUUUUUUCUGGAACAUUGAAUAAACAAAUAACAAACAUAAAGUAAUAAAUAUUAUAUGAAUAUAUGAAUGACAAAUUAGUUGUUUGUUGUUUGGUCUGGAAGUGUCUGGGCAUAAACUUUUUUGUAUGGUGAAAUUAAUAAAGUUAACUGCAAAGUACUUACUGUCCACUACAACCAUCAGAAACGCAAAACAUUUAAAAUACAAAAAAGCCUCUACAAAAUAUAAUUGACAUAAUAAUGUAUAAUAAAUUAAAUUAAUCAGUACAAUUUAAUUUUCGAAAGUGAGAAACAAAACAGGCGAAACAAUUCAAAAUUUGAAAUAAAAAACUGCCUAAAUGAAUUCAAAUCUGCAAAUCUGACCAUUCUUCUUUUGAUGAUCUCUCUUUGAUGCUUUUUAUUUUAUGACAUUUUGAAAGACAGUAUAUAUAAUAUAGCCAUACAAUACAAUUUUUUAAAGGAAUACCACAUUCACAGUGUAAUUUUAUCGAGCAUGCUAAUGUCACUAUAAUAUUUGCAAAGAGAGAGCUGAAAAAAUAUAUAAAUUCAGGAGGGGGCUGUUAAUACAUUUGCCCAUUUUGUAAUAAAACUGUCACUUGCAGUCUCCGUAAAGGGUUAUCCCAUCCAAGUCAUGAGUCAUGACUUUGGUAAAUAAGCAAAGCGGACAGAUUGGAAGUCAGUUGAUUGUCAGUAGAAUGUGUAGAUUUUUGUACCUGGUGUGGGUGUUUUAAAAUCCUUGGGGAAAUCUACUCCAGAUACUUGGCCAAUAUUUCUAUAAAUUUUAACUCAGAGACCAUUUCAUUUGAAGCAAGUUGAGAACUAUCUUAAAUACACUUUAAAUAUUUAUUCCAUGUGUGCACCCUAUUCGUUGUAUGUAUUUAUAUUGAAUAGGAAACAUUAAUAUCUUUCAUUGGCUUACUAGCUGGCUAAAUAUGCCCUAUAAAUGAAGUUUGGCCACUUAAUUAUUCAAUCUUCUCAAAAGGUUAGGCAGAUAACUUUAACUUUCUAAAUGUCUUUGCUAUUAGGACAGUGUGUGUUUUUCAGUCCUUUCACAUGGAACAUUUUGUAGUUGUGUGUAAGGUACAUCGUAGUUGAAGCAAUAGUUGUUUUUAGUUAUAAUAGCAAUCUCCCCGUAUUUCAUAUUAUCACAUUUUUGUGGUUUCAUAAUGCUGCUUCUAUUUUCCAUCAAGAUUACAUAAUUAUAAUUUUUAUGUAAUGGGCUCUUCAAAACAGUCUGGUGAUUUUGCUUCUGAAAGAGCCGUUGGGUCCACAAUCAAAUCCUGACCGUGCAAGUGCCGUCUGUAGCUGCCAGCCCAGCAGGGCAUCUCAUUACUGACAGUAGUAUUAGUCUGGUAGUGCAGUCCUCUGCUGCCAUGAAACAGCUCAGCUGAUGUACCACAUUAAAAAGUGAAAAGUACUGGGAGCACAUGCUUUUGAUGAAACAAGUGUUAAUCUGUCCUUUGCAAUGGAACAGUUCAUCCAAUGUCACUGGGUAUUCCAAAUUGAGGAAAAAAGACAUAAUGGAAAUGUUCAUUUCCAUUGGCAUUAUAGUUAAUCCAAUUGCGGAGUCCAUUUCCCAAACAUCCCUGGAAAGACUGAGAUGUUUUUCCCUAGUGAACCAUGUUCUCUCCCCACUGGCCUCCAAGCACAGCACAGACACUGUCACUGUGUAUCUACUACAGGUACAGCUGUGCACGGUGUGAGGGAUGGGACUGCCUGGUACAGCUCUCUGAAGCAUGGAUUCAUGGGCUUAUAAACUGCUCAGAAUGAUCAUGUCAUUCUCUGGCCUCGGUGGACAGAAUGGCCUUCAUUACAAACUGAGUCAAUCUAAACAAAUUCCCUAAAUCUCACCAAUAAAUGUCAGCCUUUCUAGGGGUGAGACAGUGCAUGUAAGAUAAAAAUAGUUUGCUUAAAAUUGAGAUUCGGGUACCGAAAGAAUGUUAUCUCACUUUUUUAUUUUUGUAAAUUUUUUUUUUGAAAAGUUCCUUAAUUUAAUGUAAUUGUUUUUUAACACGUUAUGUGGAAUCUGCCCUAAAGCAAAUAUCCGAAACUAUCUGAGAGCGGACCCCUCGUGAGUGAAGACGAUUUUAGCCUUUGCUUGUCUGGGCACUGAUCUGAUCUUCAUUUACAAAAAGAGAAGUUUACCGCAGUUCGGACGGUGCUGGGAGGAGGGGAUAUUAAUUCAUUUAAAUUGACCCACAUCUUUAUCUGACUCAUCAUUCGUUAGGAGGGACUGAGAAAAUCAGCCGCUCACCCUAUAAAUAUACCUACAUUCUACCUGAACAAAUACACCUGCUGUGUACCUGGCUGAAUACACCUGUAUUUUAUCUGGCUGAAAAUCAUCUGGUCAUCCAUAUAAAUUUUACCUUGUAUGUAGGUGUAGAGAAUGGACUUCCUAAGCCAAGACUUUCAGGAUGCCAUUGAUGUGAUUCAGAGACAUUCCGAUGACCAACACUACGAAACCGAGUUGAAAUACUAUGAGACACUGGGCAAUCAGCUGCCACCUGUGCAGCCUGGUGUCCCCUGUUACCCCUUGACCCCCGUCUCUGAUGUCAUAGGACCUGUUUAUAACUGCACUGAGCCACCGUCCUGGGACCACAGCAUACCGGACGUCUCCCUCGGUCCCCCUACACCCACAAGCGUCCCACAGCUCUGCUCCAUGUUCCCUCCCCAGCGGAGCAGUAAAGGUCGCAAGAAGCUGCGUCUGUAUGAGUACCUGCACGAGGCCCUGCACGACGCCAACAUGGCCGACUCCAUCCAGUGGGCCGACCGCAGCACUGGAACCUUCCACUUUGUCUCCAAGAACAAAGAGAAGCUGGCGGAGUGCUGGGGCACUCGCAAGGGCAACCGCAAGACUAUGACCUACCAGAAGAUGGCGCGCGCGCUGCGCAACUACAGCCGCACGGGUGAGAUCAUCAAAGUGCGCCGCAAGCUGACCUACCAGUUCAACCCCGUGAUCCUGCAGAGGCUGAACCACACCCCCGGCCACGCCCCACGGGAAACGGUGUUCCAUCAGUACGUCCCUGCCGAACAAAGCUUCUACGGCGUGGUUCCUUCUGACUGGAACAACUGGUACGGACAAUUCCCCUGUCAAGGGGAGUAUGACCUUAACUGCGCCAUGUUACAGUCCAACGCCACAAAGGCAUGAGCCUGUCAUGGCUGAAGACAGGGUAAAGGGACUUGUAUGAAAUGUAAUGCCAUCUUGUACAUAAUGUAGCAUAAAUGGGAUAAGAUAGCACAGGGGAUAUGGUGGUGACAGUGAGCACGGCAUUAGUGCUUCCAAUCACUGGGUAAUGUGCGAUUACUGCUCACUGAGCACUGAGUAAUGAUCAGUUGAGAACUCAAAUUUGGAGUGUAGUGGUAAAUGACUGGUUAACACUGAGACAGUGUUCCUGAUGGUGUCACAAUCUGAGAAUAGGGACAAUUUAAUACUGAAACAAGUUUUCCUGAUGUUGUCUUGGAGGUGUGAUGGAUUAACAGCGAGAUAAUGUUCCUGUUGAUGUCACUGUAAGAGAGGUGUGAAGGUUUAACACUGACACAAGUGUUUGCUUAUGAUUCCAGAUUUGGAAAGAUGGAACUGUUGAACACUGAGAUGAUAUUCCUUAUAAUGUUGCUGUUUGUGCGGUAAAGCUUCAAAACUAUUCCAUGGUCAGAGGGGUGUGACUGUUUACUGACAAGACAACAAGUCUUGAUAACUUUGCAGUGAGCAUGGUAUGAUAUUUGUGAAAUUAUUUCCUAAUGUGGUUAUUUCCUCUACUUGGGGAAAUAUGUGUAUGUUAUAUUAUUAUUUUAAAUACAAUGUAAAUAAUGAUCCAAACUUGGUUCGCACACACAUUAAUUGGUUUUGUUUAUUAUUGGGGUUGUUAUCAACAUCUCAAGAUUGUUUCAUAUCUACAUGUAAAAUGUGUGUAUUCUGUUGAGAGAAUAAUUCUCGAAAUGUCAGUCUGUCUACAUCUUUCUCUCUCUCCAAACAUAAAGCAAGUUUGGACAUAAAUAACUAUAUAAUUAAACAAAUAUAUAAAUGAA